AUGGCUGUUUUUUUCAUUGUUUCUGAUUUACAAACAUUUGCAGGACUUUCAGCUAGUGACCUUGAGAACUUAUGGAAAGAUGGGUCAGUGAGUGAAAAAGAGGGAUCAUUAAAAACUAGGGUAAAUGAAGUGAGCCACAUCACAUCUACAUCACUUUCUGCUAGCCAAGAAUCAAUGUUGCCUACUCACAUUCCAAAUCACUUGUUGACCAGGAAACAUGAUCAAUGUAAGUUAUCAAAUUCUACCAGAACUGGAGUUACAUACCAAAUAAAUUCUGUUUGUUCAUCAAAGGAAAAUGGUAGCUGGUACCAUGAUCAUCAGGUUCAUCCACUGUUUGGUAAUGGUGUUUGCAACUGGCCUGGAUGUGAAGCAGUCUGUGAAGGUUUCCAAGCAUUUAUUCAACAUCUGAACAAGGAGCACUACCUUGAUGAUAGGAGCACAGCUCAGGCUAGAGUACAGAUGCAAGUGGUUUCUCAGCUAGAAACUCAAUUAACAAAAGAGAGAGGCAGACUUCAAGCCAUGAUGACACACCUCCACACAAGAACUACAGCAAAUUUACCUUCCCCUGAUUCUUCAACUCAGGACAUGCUCAUGCCUCCAGUCUCCAAACCAGCACCAACAUCACUGCAACAACUAUCCCUGCCAAUAACAUCAAUAUCUUCUUCUCUGGGUCACUUACCUCCUCUCAUGAAACCAGCACUAUCAUCUCCACCAUCUGCAUCAGUGUCUUCUACUGAUUCACUCACAGUUACCUUGCCAACAAUGACCAACUCAACAUCAUUGAUGACAUGUCCACCGAGACUAAUUCCAGCAAAUCCCCAAUCUUUGCAUCCUCCUGCCUAUAAUGAUGUUGCUUCAGUUUAUUGGAGACUUAAUGAAAAAGGAUGUACUUCUAUGUCAGGUUUGGAGGCUCCUUUAGCUGACCCUUCAAUAAGAAAACGAAUGUCUGAAAAAUCCAAACUAGACAUUAAUGAAGAACUUCGAACGAAUAGAGAAUUUUACAGGAAUGCAGAUUUUAGACCUCCAUUUACAUACGCUGCUUUGAUCAGACAGGCUAUUAUAGAAUCCCCCGAGAAACAGCUGACUCUGAAUGGAAUUUACUGCUGGUUUCAAAACACAUUCUGUUACUUUCGGAGAAAUGCACCCACAUGGAAGAAUGCCGUGCGUCACAACCUUAGUCUACACAAGUGUUUUAUGCGGGUCGAAAAUGUAAAAGGGGCAGUCUGGACAGUGGAUGAGUCAGAAUUUCACAGGCGACGGUCCCUAAGAGUUCAGGAGCAUAUUGAAGAUAUACCAUCUACCACCACACACACUUCUUCCCAUGAUCAUCUCAGUCCAACAUUGCAUCAGAAUCCAGGAUUAUAUGGUGAACAUAUUACAGCUUCACUACAGGCAGCAUUGGCAGAAAGCAACCUAACAUUUUUUAGCAAUUCUAUAUCCAAGGAAAUUACACUGCCCUGCACUCCAACUAGUGUUUCCCUGGCUGUCAGGAAAGUGAUCAGAGGUGAUCGUUAUGUGGCCGGAAUGGUUCAAAAGAAAAUCAUGAAUGGUGAAAGACCAAAUUGUCAUAUAUCCAGUGAUGCCCUCAUCAAGAAAGAGUUGCUCCUUGAAGAAGAUGGAGAAGAUGGUUCGGGUAACAUUUCCUCAUUUCAGUGAAGAGGAUGGUCAAAGUCAGAAUGGAAAAAUGGAAGCUAAAGAAGUGGAAGAUCUUUCCAUUCCUACUAAUGCUUAGUUAGAUAAGUCUACAACAAAGAGUGCCAUUACAUGGACACAUACCAUCAACAAACAAAGUGGUGUAUCAGUUUUCAAAAACUGGAAGUAGAAUUAAUCUCUCGACUGCAUGUUUUUUAUUCCUAAAGCAAGCUGUCUUUUUGUAAUUAGCAUAACUCUCUAGAUGGAACUUGGCACAGUUGAUUCAGGACAUUAAGGUUCCAUUCACUGUUACAGUUGAUUGAGGACAUUAAGGUUCCAUUCACUGUUACAGUUGAUUCAGGACAUUAAGGUUCAAUUAAUUGUUACAGUUGAUUCAGGACAUUAAGGUUCCAUUAACUGUUACAGCUUAGUGCAUCAGUUAGCACUGAUGUUCCUCUCAGACCUGAAAAAAUCUAUAGGCCUUAAUUCUAUUUCAUAAAUAAAAUUCAUAAAAUUUUAAAGGGACAAAAAAAGGAGCUAAUUAGCCCAUCAAUGAUGUCCCUUCCAGCUCUCAACUGUAACCACCUCUUACUACUCAUAUAUUCAUCCAGUGUUUUCUUGAACUCACUUAAAUUUUCUAUCUCCACCACCCUUGAAGGCAGCUCAUUCCAAAAGUCAACCAUCCUGUUUAAAAAGUAAUACUGUCUAAACUGCAGACGACUUCUAUGCCACCAAAACUUGAAUUUAUGACCCCUUGUCCUAUUGU